GUUUUUCUAUGACCGAUGUUGGCCUCUCACAUGUCCGUAAACAGCAACAGGGGUAAAAACGCCACUACCUGCACCUGGCGUGGUUUGACCUUGUUCUAUUAAUCCCUCCUCUCCCACAAGGGGAAUGAGCCUAUUCUUGUUCGAUUAAUUCCUCCCACAAGGAUAUUGAGCACCUAUUCAAGAUAAUCGGUAGGAUCGUUUUUUGAUUUGUAGUAUCAUAGUAUCCCGAUUUAGAAAAUACACAUUUUUAUAUUAAUAUAUAAUAUGUUGUAUAAAUUAAAACAUAUAAUAUCGAUUUUGAUAAAUUUAAUUGGUUUUUAAUGUAAACUUGAGCAUGUUUAUUCACAUUAUUUUCAAUCCAUCUUUUUUUAAAUAAUGUUUUUUAGGAUCGUAGAUCAUAGGUAACGUAGUGUCGGGAUACCAUCUAAGAUUGCGUAAGAUCAUGUGGAAAUGAAUAGUAAAAUCAGGUUACUAUGAUUAUUAAGAUACAAGGUGAGAUCGGUAUUGUUAUGACUUCGUAGGAUUGGGAUAGCAACAACCUUGCACCUAUUAUAGUGUGGAACUAUUCCCUCGAAACCCUAUUUUUGAGAUCUUGUUUUUGUUUGGUUAAUCCCUCUCACAAUCCCCUCCAAUUCUCGUUUUAAAUUUCCCAAAAUUACAUAUAAUUUGAUAAAAUUAUCAAAAAACUACAGAUUUAGAACCAAUUUUAUCAAACAACUACAAAUUUAAGAUGGACAGCCACCAAACCACAUAUUUAGUUUUUAAAUUAUCACAAAACUAUAUGUUUUAUACCAUGUUAAGUGCAAUAUUAUAACAUUUAUAACUCUUAACAUAAUAUUAGUGGUGAGGAUUUAAACUGUAAAAUCUAUAAUUUUACUUAAGUUUUUUUUUUCGGGUCAAAAACAAAUGGAAGUCUCUCACGCACACAGACGGUUUUUGCCUUUCCCUUUUCCCUUUCCUCGCUCCUCGUCCUGUCUGGCUGUCUCUCCUCCUCCCCGCGUGGCGGCGUCGGUAGAUACCGCGUGAUUCAUCCGGCGGCGGCGAGCUCCGCCGAUGGAGAAGGUGAAGGGUCUGCUGAAGCCGCGGCCGACGCCGCAGCAGCAGCUGCGGGAGUGGCAGCGCAAGCUCCGCAACGAGUGCCGCGUCCUCGACCGCCAGAUCCGAGAUGUGCAGAGGGAGGAGAAGAACGUGGAGAAGUCUAUCAGGGAGGCUGCAAAGCGCAAUGACAUUGGAUCCGCAAAGGCUCUUGCUAAGGAACUAGUGAGGUCAAGACGUGCUGUUAAUCGUCUCUAUGAAAACAAGGCUCAACUAAAUUCAGUAUCAAUGCAUCUUGGAGAAAUUGUUGCAACGGCAAGAACUGUCGGUCAUCUGUCAAAAAGUGCUGAAGUUAUGAAAAUCGUUAACAAUCUAAUGAAAGCUCCAGAAUUGGCUGCCACCAUGCAAGAAUUUAGUAAAGAAAUGACAAAGGCUGGUGUGAUGGAAGAGAUGGUCAACGAUGCAGUUGAUUCAGCUUUGGACUCUGAGGACAUGGAGGAGGAAAUUGAAGAGGAGGUUGACAAGGUUCUUGCUUCAGUAGCUGGGGAGACUGCCUCACAGCUACCCGAUGCUGUGAGGAAACAGAGGAUAAACCAAGCUUCAACAAGCAGGGUCCCAGAAGAGCGACAAGCUGUUGCUGAGGGCGCUGAUGAUGAUGAGGAAGAUCUGGAAGAGAUCAGAGCACGGCUUGCUAAAGUGAGGUCAUAACAUUCUAACUUUGGGAGUUCCCUAGAUAACAUCCAGACCAAUCUAUGAUAGAUUGGCCUCGGUUGACCAAGUUUGAACUAGCAAUGUACUGUUGUAUACUUGUAUAGUAAACAUCCUGUAUCUUGAUCUGUCUAGAGACAAAAAAAAAUGAAUAAUGUAAUCUCCUGGUGGCUCUAUCGAGUAUCGACUUUUGUAGGAC